AUGCACCCUUUAAACCCUUUCCUCCGUGCUUUCUUCCGGAGUGCGCUGCCGUCGCAAUGUGUUCCCGUAGAGAACCAUAUCCUCCUGGUUCCCCUGACCGAGUCUCUUGUUAAUUCGCAGGAUCGGGAAUCAAACGCGCAUUAUGUUGACCUCGUCACCUCCGAGGAGUUUCUCGCCAGCCAUGUGCUACGCAUUCCAGGACUGCCCGGCUCAUCUGCAGUCAAAGAGGUUUCCACCUUACGAGACCAUAAGGGGAAAGCGUGGCAGAUUGCAACGGCCAACGGACGAACCGUUGUGAUCAAAGAAUCGGUGGUCUAUAGCAAUAAGGGGUUCAAAACAGUGAACCAUUCGCAGCUGCUUUGCGACGUCCUCUACUCCUCACCAAACGAUAGCUCCCAGCAGUGGCUCAUCUACUACAUUUCACGGCCGUUGCUAGGUUCUUACGAACCCGGACAGAUAAUUCAGGCUAUAGUGCCUGGCUCCUUGGACAAGGUAUCAUUAGCACGCCAUGGCCCUGGACCCGAACAUACCAACUACCACUCUAGCUACCCCCGCAAUGAGAUCUCCUCGUUUGGCGAUCUGCUCUCGAAGUUCCCUAUGAUCGCGAAGCAAAUGAAACCUGGCUUGGAUCGUCUCUUCCGUGAAUUUGGCAAGGAGCUAGGCAAACCCCUUCCGCCGCCACCCUCGGAUUCUCCCACCUCACAGUUUAAUCGUUCAGUAGAUGGAGACGAAGCUUACUCUCAUCAAAGCUCCAGCCACUCACUGCCGUUCAGCACUUCCGACCAGUUUGAGGAUGAAGAUGCAAUGAGACAUGCUCUAGACACGGCCGUUACGGCAGCUAUCGACAUCUUUCGUCUCGUUGACAAACAACAACUCUCCCUUCUCGGAGCCACAACCGACUUGACUGGUCCGAUGGUUGAACGCCUAAUCGAGCGCUACGUGCUGGAGCAGGUUCACGAUAAUCUUCUUUUCCCGCGCCUCCGCGAGUGCCGCCAAUCAGAUGACCUAGAUCUGGAUCUACGUGUUCGCCAGAUGGAGAACAUCGAUAUAUCGCAAGUGGGAAUUCCGAUAGAAGGAGGUUACAAGGGAAAAGAAGAACUUAGACGUCGCAUUGGGACAGCUGUCGAGGAGUUCAGGAAAAUAUCUGACGCAAAGUGCCCGCAGGACAUGCUCACUAUUUUGCUUAAGACUGUGAAGAUCGUCACUAUAGAUCAGGCUUCGACCCCGUCAGAAAACGAAACUGAAAAACCUUCAGUUCUCACUAUCAAUGCCGAUGUACUGGUGUCAUUGCUACUCUUAGUUGUGAUAGGGUCCCAAGUCCGACAUCUCUAUGCCAGGCUCUUGUAUAUGCAGCGAUUCAUAUUUGUGGAUGAUGUCGAAUCUGGUGAGGCUGGGUACGCAUUAAGCACGUUCGAAGGAGUUUUGGUCUACCUUCAAAACGACUCCGCUGGGCUCAGAAGGGCUAGCUCCAGGAAUAAACGGCUUUGGAAAGCAGCCAAGUUGGGAAAUAUCACGGAAAUGACGGCAAUACUACAACCUGGUCUCCAAACUUCAAGCCCCAUCACUGACGAGAAUGAUUGCGAUAAUGGGCAAGCAAGCAACCCUGGCAGCCGAAAUGGCAACGAGCACACAUGGACGACGUCUAACGGGGCUCCUAAGAACGGCACCAUCUCAUCAAAUUUUUCAAUUUCUAAUUCUGCUAUUCAAGAUGACGCUCCAGAAACACCAAGACUCGCUCACGUUUUCCCGUUUCAAACAUGGAACCAGCCCACCACGACUAUAGACCAGCCUAAAGCGCGGAAAAAGGUGUCUAUGGAUACUAGGAGCAUGUCGGAGUCGUCGACUAUGUCGUUUCUUUCGCGCUCCACGACGUUUGGAUCAAUCGCGGGUGGUCUUGAAGGCGAUACGUCGAUAGAGAGCCUAACGAUGACCAAAGACCCGUCCGGGCACUCUGUUCCCAUGAUGGCCGUGGAAGCAUGCCAGCCAGAGGCUUUGAGCUACUUGCUAAGUUUGAACGAAUAUUACUCCCGAGAAACCAUACUUCAGGAUGUAAACAGUGAGGGGACCACUCUACUGAGCGCCGCCGUCCAACUUGCGCACACGGAAAUUAUAAAUAUAAUUAUCGAAUUCAUCCUCCAAGGGAACGAAGUCGAUGUGGCCGCAUAUCUUAUAAAGGCUGAUCACAGAGGCCGCACAGUUGGACACUACCUCUUCAACUCUCCUGCUUUACUUACUCGCCUGGGCAGUUCCUUGCCUUGGACUCAGAGAGACAAGAAUGGACAAACACCCCUUUUUGCACUCUGCAGAUCGUACGACCACCCAGAUUACAAUCCCAUGGUCAAUGAAGCUUUGACGUUAGCGAAAGAAGCCCAGGGUGAUGGAAAACCGCUUAGGUUGGACGACCAUGUUGACGGGAAAGGAAACACCCUCCUUCACAUCGUUAGCGACCCGCAGAUACUACUCCGAAUACUCAGACAGUGUGAUUGCGACCCAAACUAUACAAAUGACAAAAGAUUUACACCGUUAAUGGUGGCAAGCAAAUAUGGCCGUGUUGACCUUGUUCGAACUCUCUUCGCCGAUCCUCGUGUUGACGUCCACCUUCGAGAAUCUCGUGGCCUUACGGCAGUGGAACUUGCUAAAGAUGAUGAAGUAAGGAACCGAAUAGAUGAUCUGGUCUUAUGUUCCAAUCCUCCCUCGUCUCCGUACGAUGCGACCCGCCGCACCACGAGUGUGGUUAGGUCGUUGUUCGUUGAGGAUUUUGGAAUCAGGUUCAUCAUCAAAUCUGGGGCCCCGGCCUCCGUUAGCCCACCACCACCAGGUUCAAGUGCAGCACAUACGACUACCUACACUGUUACUACUUGUCGACGUAGUAUUAGUGACUUUGAAAACCUCCUCCGUUUCCUACGAAUAGAGCAUCCUGCAUCAUAUCUCCCCGAGAUGCCUUUUUUCCGGUCACCCUUCCAAAUCCCUUCAAAACCCUCAAGAGCAGUACUUCAUGAUAUUCAGGAACGGCUAGAUCGAUUACUGAAAGUCUUGCUAGCCCAUCCAACAUUCUCGACCCACGAGUUGCUUUGGGAGUUCUUCCUUGUCCCUGAAAUCCAAACGGAAAUGAUUGAUCAGCGAUCAACGCGCAAAGCUACGGUGCUAGCUGAAUCAAUAAUGGACGACUACGAGCCAGCCUCGACAGAAGUAAUACGUGAUGCUCAACAGAUUCUAUCCCAUGCAGAGGAUGCAGUCCAGUCCGUUAGUGAAGGCACUCGUAACUUGAUUUGUUGCGGAUAUCUUCUACAACACGCGUCAACCGACCUUGCAGAUGCUCUUUUCCUCUGUAGCUCCAUGCUUUCUUCCCUCCAGCCACCAGCCAACGCUCUCCCUCAUCGACAUGUCCGGGCCUUUCACCGCUUCGUAUCAUCCUACAGUCUUUCAUCAACCGAUUCCUCGCCGCUGAUCCAAUUUUUGACAGCACUCAUCUCGUCCCAGAGUACUACCACAGCAAUGCUCUCUUCCCUCUCUCGCCCCAAUAAUCUCAUAUUAACGCUCAAUUCUUCGCAACGAGCCCUUUCACGUGCUCGCACUGCAGUCGCCUCCUCGUCACUUCCGCGCAAAUUCAACUUUUCUGUACUCGAAGAAUCUCGUCAGCGCUCUAUUCGUGAGCAAGAGAAUAAGAUAUCCAUGCUGACGGCUGAGAUUGACGAAGUGAGGAAAGAGAUCUCAUGGAAUAAGGAUGUUGUCGUUGGUGAGCUGGCUGGCUGGAGCUCUUGGAGGGAAGAGACUGGUAGACAAGCCAUUCGCAACUUUGUCAAGACGACUCUCGUUAGAGAAAAAGAGCGCGGUAAACGGAUGGAACGGUGUUUGCGCGUCAUUCAAGGUUGA